AUGGACUCUCCUGCAGCUCCUCUGUCUCAGGGCGUCGGCUACGGCGUCAUCAUCGGCCUCGGCGCCUUCUUCGCCAUUGUCGUCGUCGGCAUCUCAGGCUCGCUGCACCGCUUCGGUGGAGUCAAGCAGACGUCGGCCGAGUAUGCCAUUGCCAGUCGCUCGCUGGGCGUCGGUCUGACGGCCGCCGGUGCCGUCUCGGGCUGGACGUGGUCCGUGACGCUUCUCUCCUCGUGCACGGUUGCCUACUCGCAAGGUCUCGCUGGCGCUCUGAUCUACGGCGCAGGUAACAUGUCCCAGGUGGCGCUCUUUUCGCUCAUGGCGGUGCGCUUCAAGGCCAAGGUCCCGCAGCUGCACACGCACCUCGAGCUCCUUCACCGCCGCUACGGCCCCGCCGGCCACCUCUCGUUCCUGUUCUUCGCGCUCUCGACGAACAUCCUCGUCGUCUCCUCCGUGCUCGUCGGAGCUGCCGCGGCCGUCAACUCGAUCACGGACGUCAACAUCUACGCGAGCCUCUGGCUGCUGCCGCUCGCGGUCGCGGCCUACACGCUGCGCACCGGCCUGCGUGGCACGAUUCUCGCCGACUAUCUGCACACCGUCAUCAUCUUCAUCAUCCUCUUCGUGCUCUUCAUUGUCACGUACAGCACCGGCUCGCAGAUCGGCAGCUCGGGCCGCAUGUGGCAGCUCUUGCAGGACGCUGCGGCGCGCAACCCGUCGGAGAACUACCAGGGCAGCUACACGACGCUCAAGAGCCGCGGCGCCAUCCAGUUCGGCUGGCUCUCGUUCCUCGAGUACACUGGUGUCGUCUUCAACGACGCCUCGUUCCACCAGAAGGGCCUCGCCGCCGGCCCGAGCGCCGUGGUGCCAGGCUACCUCAUCGGCUCGCUCUCCUGGUUCUCGAUUCCCUGGGCCCUCGCCACGACGGCCGGCCUGGCUGCCCUCGCACUCGAGACGACGUCGACGAGCUUCCCGACCUACCCGCGCCGCAUGACGGCCGGCGAGGUCAGCGCCGGCCUGGUGCUGCCGUACGCCGCCAACGCCGUGCUUGGCUCCGGAGGCUCGGCGGCCGUGCUGCUGCUCAUGUUCAUGUCCUCGACGAGCGCCAUCAGCGCACAGCUCAUCGCCGUCUCGUCCAUCGGCGGCUACGACGUCUACAAGACCUACCUCAAGAAGUCGGCCACGCCGGACGACAUCCUCCGCGUGCAGCGCUACGUGGUCGUUGGCUUCACAAUCUUCAUGGCCGCGUUUGGAUCGCUCCUGCAUGGCGUUGGCGUGGACCUCGGCCUCCUCUACAACAUCACCGGUGUCUGGUCGACUGCCGCGCUUCCGCAGAUGAUCUUCAGCUUCUGGUCCGAGCGCACGCCGAAAUGGGUCGCCUUCCCGGGCAUCUGGAUCAGCUUCGCCGCCGGUCUCGGCACCUGGCUUGGCCUUGCGCGUCGCCUUGAGGGCGGCAUCACCAUCGCGGCGCUUGGAAGCCAGGACGUCAACAUCUACGCCUUCACCGCGGCCAUCGCGACCGGCCUGGUGAUUUGCACGGUCGGCGUGCUGUUCUUCCCCGGAGACUUCACCUGGCAGUCGCUGUGGGACGCGCGCAACAACGACUCGGCCGACGCCAAGGAGCUCGAAGAGAUCGAGAACGACUCGCGCUACAACGCCUCGUCGCUGCGCAAGUGGACCAUCCUCGCUGGCAUUUCCAGCGGCACGAUCUUCGUGGUCUUCAUGCUCAUCUGGCCGCUGAGCCUGUACCGCGACUACAUCUUCCCCCGGAGCUUCUUCGGAGGCUGGGUGUGGGUCUCCUUUGCGUGGUCGGUGCUGGCCUUCGUGGCCGUGGGCCUCUACCCGCUCUACGAGGGUAUUCCGCUGCUGCGGCUCGUCGGCUCCGGCGUGCUCAACCGGCUGCGCGGCCGGCACUCGCCGACGCCGUCGCCCGCGGCAAGCAGCAGCAGCAGCAUCGGCCACGACGAAAAGGUGCCCGUCUCGCCCAGCGGCGAGACAAGCAGCUGA